AUGUCGUUGCUUCCUGCCCUCACCACACCGCUACCAACAACUACCGUGAGAAUUAGGGGUGGACCAAGAGAUUUUCUCGUACCUCUUUGCACUACAGGCGAUUGUACUGGCGAGGAGAAGGUUAAGCAAGUUAUCUACAGCACAACAAUGCUGAAAGCCCUGGAAACCAUCACGACACUGGCAGUUUUGGUCGUCAGCCAAUUUCUGUUUGUCAUAUUGAUCACUGGAAGACGUCGAUUUACGGUACCCUUCUUCAAAAUGCUCAGAAUACUUGUGAUCGUUAUAGCGUUUCGUUCCGUAGUCAGUAUUGUACUGAAACUACCUACGUUAUGGUUUGGGGCCAUAAUCAGCAACCAAAAUAUGGCAACUUUGGUGGUUGAUAUACUAUCCAAAAGACUUCUGGUUUUACUGAUUUUUCUCAUGGCAUUCAACCGAUUUCUUAUUAUUUUCUGUCCUGCACUGGACAACCUACUAUUCGCACGCUAUCGAUAUAUUGCUCUAUGCCUGUCUUGCGUAGUCAUAUCAGCAACAGAGACUUAUGCUGUAAUAACGGCAACGAACCUUCGCCGAGUAUUCAUACCAGAAAUUGGAUUUGUGGACUACAUUGAUGCAACGAAACCAUAUGAAGUAAAUGUUUGA